AUGCAUUUCCAGAAGCUCGCUGUUGUCUUUGCCCUCUCGGCCAUCGGCCUUGCUCAGGACGUUGACCAGGACGAUGUUCCCAUGCAGUGCCGCAGCGUUUGCGAUUCCGUCACCAGACUGACACGCGACUGUGACACCAGCACCAACGAUGACAUGGCCGAGCGCCAAUGCAUCUGCAACGGCCAAAACGCAAACACUGCCGUCCCCCUUUGCGCAGCAUGCAUCAUGCAGAACGGAGGAGAGAUGGACAAUGACGUAAACGACAUCGUCCGCGAAUGCGCCUUCACCACAACGUCCUACAACCCAUCCGCCGCUUCUACAGCACCCCCGGCUUCUGCUUCCGCGACGGGUGCUUCCGGUUCUGGUGGUUCUGGCACCGGUAACAGUCCUUCGGGUACGGGUGCUGCUGGUUCCGGCGAUGGCCCGGGCAAUGCUGCGCCCGCCAACAUGGCUUCUGCGGCUUUGGGACUCGGUGGUCUGCUCGCGGCUCUUGGACUUGGCUUGUAG